AUAAGCUCCACGACCGACGACCUGAAAUUUUCUAAUAAACAAGAUAAAAAAAUGGACGCUCUCGAAGAGCAGAUCGUAAAUCGCUUUAAAGCGAAAUGCCUCUCGCAACCGGAGACGGCUAUAGCGAAGCACUUGCGCUACUACGAUCUGCAAAACUGUGGGAAGCUGAGCUACCCCGCUUUCCGCAAGUCGAUGGAACAAUAUGCGAUAUUAUGAAAUACGUAGAGGCUUUGGCUUUUGACUUUGACGACUUAUUUGCUUUUGUUUUUCAUCUACCCCUAGGAAGAUGUUGUCUACUUGUUCUACUUCCGACUAGUUUUUGGCACAGGCGCAGACUUAACAUCCAUUUGUUUCUCUGGAACACAUGAUAGAUGCGACCCCUCCUACUUCUCGGCAAAAGCGCGCCACUGGAACACAUGAUAGAUGCGACCCCUUCCACUUCUCACAUGAUAGAUGCGACCCCUUCCACUUCUCACAUGAUAGAUGCGACCCCGAUCUACUGAUAGAAAAGUUCAAAAGGACUUGGACUUCCAAAUAAGAAAAAGUAUCUAGUGUAUUGAAUAUUGGCUGCUUAGUGCGUCAAUAGCUGCUACCUCCAGAACAGGUGAAUGAAUGAGUUAUCUUCUCCAUCUUCUAACGCCCGGCGCCGACGAAAGACUUUUACAAGGAGUUCAUCACAGAUACUGCCAAGACUCGGAUGAACUAAUGGACAUCAGAUAUUUUGCUAGAGCGAUUGUGGACGGCAGUGUAAGGAAAAUGAUGUCCUCGAGUGCAGCUCCUGUUGGGGCCGCGUAUGGAGGAGGAGCUGGGGAGGAGGUGAAUUCUAGUAACCUUAAAUGUAUAAUCAGAGUAGUUUAUAGCACGCAUGUAGGAUGGACUUGGAUGGAUCGGAUGGACCCCCCUGAUUCUUCCGAUCCUCCUUGACAGGGUGGAAAGUCCACCCGUUCCAUCCGAUCCAUCCAAGUCCAUCCUACAUCCGUUCUAUAAACUACUCUAGUUUAAGGCUACUAGAACUCACCUCCUCCCGUUCCAUGCCGCGUAUGGACGAGGAGCUGGGGAGGAGGUGAGUUCUAGUAACCUUUAUCAAACGGGAAAGCUCUUUCACUUUCAAAAACACAAAAAAUUCUUAUCCUAUUGUAAAUCCUAUUGAAAAAUAGCUAUUUCCUUUAAUUAUCUAGUUAAAUUAGCUAGUUAAGUGGCGUGUGUGGCUGUGGAGAACCGGAUGGAUCGGUGCGGCUGGUGGUCAGAGUAGUUGUGGCAGAUGGCACGGCAGGAGUGUCCAGUGGAUGACAAGAGCAUGAUUAUACAUUUAAGGUUACUAGAACUCACCUCCUCCCGUUCCAUGCCGCGUAUGGACGAGGAGCUGGGGAGGAGGUGAGUUCUAGUAACCUUUAUCAAACGGGAAAGCUCUUUCACUUUCAAAAACACAAAAAAUUCUUAUCCUAUUGUAAAUCCUAUUGAAAAAUAGCUAUUUCCUUUAAUUAUCUAGUUAAAUUAGCUAGUUAAGUGGCGUGUGUGGCUGUGGAGAACCGGAUGGAUCGGUGCGGCUGGUGGUCAGAGUAGUUGUGGCAGAUGGCACGGCAGGAGUGUCCAGUGGAUGACAAGAGCAUGAUUAUACAUUUAAGGUUACUAGAACUCACCUCCUCCCGUUCCAUGCCGCGUAUGGACGAGGAGCUGGGGAGGAGGUGAGUUCUAGUAACCUUUAUCAAACGGGAAAGCUCUUUCACUUUCAAAAACACAAAAAAUUCUUAUCCUAUUGUAAAUCCUAUUGAAAAAUAGCUAUUUCCUUUAAUUAUCUAGUUAAAUUAGCUAGUUAAGUGGCGUGUGUGGCUGUGGAGAACCGGAUGGAUCGGUGCGGCUGGUGGUCAGAGUAGUUGUGGCAGAUGGCACGGCAGGAGUGUCCAGUGGAUGACAAGAACAUGAUUAUACAUUUAAGGUUACUAGAACUCACCUCCUCCCGUUCCAUGCCGCGUAUGGACGAGGAGCUGGGGAGGAGGUGAGUUCUAGUAACCUUAAAUGUAUAUUUAUGAUAUGACCCCCGCUUUUUCUUGUAGAUGUAGGUGUUGUAGUUUGAUCAGAAAGAUGAAGAAGGGCACUAGUACCUCCAGAAGAAACGUUAUUUGUGCUGAGCAAAAAUCGUUUCACGACAUGAGCUACCAUUACAAGGUCUCAGAUACGUAAAUUAAGGCAACCGUUGGACCAUCCUCAACAUCAUCCCUGACACAUUUUGCAAUUAAUUUCUAAUCAAUGUAUUUACUUGGAUUUGAUUGCUAAACUCUGUUUAAGUGAUUUGAAACCCUCGCUGAUUCAAAACAUUCGCAACACACACACACACACACAGGCUGCCUCACCAUGGGCCUCCGCUGCCGCACGUCCCUGUCAACCGAAGUCCCCACGUGGUAGUUACAACGCAGCACAGGGCAAGACGAGCGUCAACAGCGGCGGCGUAGCUCCGAGUGCGAUGGAUGUCCUGACGGUCGAUCAGUUUUUGAAGGUAUGGAAUUGGAAAUAAACUCCUGAUAACCCACAGUAUCAACAGAACCGUGAUAUCAUCGAUAAUGAAUGUCUUGGGGUCUUUUUGGUGGUGAAAAGCAAAAAGAGAGGAAAAAAUGGAUGUGAAGACGAUGGAUCGGUUUUUGAAGGUAUGGAAAACUUAUUAUAGGAGUAAAUCCACUACCCCCUUCCAAUCCACUACCCCUCUUCAUACUCCACCGUCCGCUCGCUCCUUUAUCCCCAAGGAGUAAUGGGCUUGAUGCGUCUGCUUUUGAGCAUAAACCUCCAAGACACCGAGAAUCAACGAGUGCUGCCACUUGACAUCAUGUCAGAGAUCCUCCGGGAAGCCUGUUUCAAUGGGGGAAACGAGGAAAAUAUCAAACUAGAUUGCGAGUACAUAUUACCGGCAUGGGCUGAUCCGUACUUCUACUUGGAUCUUCUUUUAUUCAUCUGGUGCGUUGUAUGGGCUGAUCCGUACUUCUACUUGGACUGUAGUAAACAACGAAACGCCAAUAGAUUCGAAUCACCCACCACGACACCCCACUGAACAAAUAGAAAACAAGGUACGAGCGCGAUCUGAUCUCCUAUGACGACUUCCUAGCAGAGCUGAAGAUCCCACUAAAUGAAGCUCGUCGCCACGCAGUGAGGGCAGCAUAUCGGAAACUAGACCAUGAGGGUGAAGCCUUCGUCGAUUUCAGAACGAUGGCUGAGGUCUACAACGCGAGUCGGUACUUCUAAUGACUGAAGUAAACUACAUGUAGUUGUUUUUAGUUCAAGAAAAAGAAUCUAGAUCCACAUCCACUUGCUUUAUUUCGCCCAGUAGUUGUAAGUACUAGAUGUACUAGUCGGCUUCUUUCGGUUCUCCACUGCGAAUAAAAGCCCUCUGCUCCACCACUCCUCUCCAGCCAUCCUUACGCCAUCAUGGGGUCGGCUACAUCAGAGGUGUUGUAUCAAACUUUCGUGGAUUCGUUUGAGACCUUUAUCGCUUUCCGUCGUGGUGUUCCAUUAGGCGACGCUCAGUCUGCUUCUGCGUUGAACCGGAUGCUAACUUCGGGGUCAGCAGCAGGCAGUAAAAUACCGUGGGAAGAAUUCGAGGACUAUUACAAUUAUGGAAGAGUGAGGGAUGAACCACUUUCCCUUAGGAUCAAACUCAGGUUACCAAAUACCAGAACCAUACAUAGUAAGUAGGCACUCACAGAAGUCACACUCAGGAUUCGCAGACCUCUAUCCGAUGGAUAACUAGAACAUCGAAAUAUACCACCUUCGUCAUCUCUUGUUAUUUCCUCUCUACUAUCUCCUUUUCGUUUUAUUGAGUAUGUGCCCUUAAGGCAGUCUGCACUGAACUUUCUGCGAGAUGAAUAAUUGUCUAUUGUACUAGUUUUGCUCUAAUCCCGAACCGUUUCCGGUUGUUUCACCGAUGAUUCGUUAUUCACGUGUAUGCUGGAGCGCACAUGGGACGUGGACAAGGAUAAAAAGGCAUUCGCCCUGCAAGACUCUAUGCCUGCGGCUGGAGCAAAAGCCAAACAUCGGGUUGACCUGCACCAUUGGCAACAGGACACGCUCAUCGACAACCAUACGUACAGAAACGUUGGGUAUGUGGCGAAUUUGGAGGUACGAUUUGGAUUUUAAUAAUACUCAAUUUAAUACUUUGGAAUACCUGACUUUUUUGUUUUCUAGUUAGGUGUGCUCUACCGAUAUAAUACUCAAUUUAAUUUCUUGUUUUUACAUGGGGAUAUCAGGAAGAGGAAGACCAACCAUCUAUGAAAACUCAAAAUAACCGAGUUACUGACUGAAAUAAGGGAGGUAGCUUAACGCCAAGGCUACUCUUCCUUCUCAUCAGUAUCUCGGUUAUUCUGAUCAGUUACUUGCUUAUUUCAGUUUUUCGAAUACUCAAUAAUUUGUUUUUAAAUGGGGAUAUCAGGAAGACCAACCAUCUAUGAAAUCGUCACGACAUUUGUCCGCCGAUUCUCCCGCGAAAGGGGAAGCGGUGGGACUUGUGUCCUGAGUUGUGGGAGUUGUUUCCUGAGUUGUGGGAGUUGUGGCCUAACAAGCCCCGGCGCCUCAAUUUUAUGGCGCGCAAUGAUGUGCCACCGUAGGGGGUUGGUCUGCUUGUGUAGUGCAGUGACUAUGCCGAGAGGAGGAGGGAUUCAUUGGUAACAGCUACGAGCAGUAGCACAUAUACAGACAUCUUCAAUGAUGAUGCUUUUUCUUAAAAAAUGACACUACAGCAAGUUUUCCGCGAAGCUGCUCAAUAUUUGUCGAGAAAAGGUGGCAUUCGUAUGGCAAUGGAUACCGUCAAAAGCUAUGUUUUGGCCGAUGAUAACGUCGAUGACCUGAUCGACCGGACCGAGUUUCGCCGAGCUAGCACAGAAGCAGGCCUGCGCUUCACGAACGAUGAAGAAGCAGACAUCUUUCAACUGCUGGGAAAGAAAACGCAAGCAGGGGGUUUAUGAUUUGAUGAAUUGAAACUAUUAAAGAACAAUUGUUAUUGUUCAGAUUCAUCUUCUUUGAGCAGGAUUACUAUUAUGAUUUACUUCUUUAUAGAGGGUUAAUUAUUAAUAUUAUGAUAUACAUAGGUAAAGGUAACAGCAGCACGUCGGGGGAUUGAUAUUCAUCAUUUUGCUUCAUCAACCGCUUAAUAAGAUUCCUGAUCCUCCCCUCCAUUCCCUUAGAGCUCCCUUACCUUCGCUCCCUCCACUUCGUCCAUUUACCUCCUUCUUCAAAUCCGCCAGCAGCGUCAGGUGAUGAAGUGCUUCUUCCAGUCUUUACGUUUCUCAAGGCUCUAUUUGGCGCACCUAUGAAAAGUUCCAGACUCGAAGUUGUCUACGAAGCUUGGGCGAACGUGGCAGGUAGCGCUGGGGCUCAGGUAACACCACAAACCCUGAAGGAGAGCGUUUCGUUUGACCACCAUCCGGAAGUUUUGAUUAUGACGAGGUGGUCAAUAUUCCUUCAUCUUAUUCUGUUUUAUUAUAAAAAAAAUUUUUUACUAAAAUCAGGAUCUUCAAGUUCAAGCGAGGACCACCAGUAUCUUCAUACAUCAACAUCUAAUCGGAGAGAACCCGGUGACGAACAUGCAAAGGGUAAGGUUGCAAGACAACUCACGAGCGAAUUCUUAGACACGUUUUCCUUGUAUGUGAACGUUCUUGGUGCAUUGACGGAGAAUGGGACGAUUGAUUUCGAGACUUUCAGAGGAUAUUUUGAGGUACUUUUAAUACUUCAUGUGAUCUGCAUUUCUGCAUUUAUUUCUUCUACAACGACGAAGUCAACUACUACUUGUUCCAGCUGCAAGAACAGACUCUUUUUGUUGUCCGUUCUACACGACUACAUGUUAAUAGGAACCAACUGUGGUUUAUUGUCCGUUCCUCCUCCGCUUCUACUCACUUCGUCGUCCUCCCUGACCAUAAUUCCUUCGUUUCCCCAUAGCACCUCAACCCGCACCACAGUUCUACUCCGCAAUGAUCGACACAGACGCUUACUUUGACGUGGUAGUUCGAAGAAUGUGGGGUUUGCAUGAACCGGAGCAGCUAGAACACGUAGAAGUAUACCCCAAUUACAGUCACACUUCGGCUGGUUUGGCACCUGGUACGGGAGUUGCGAUUAUGGCAUUGGAGUCAGAGAUAAGUAUUGGCAAGUAGAAUAAAAGUACUAAGUAGAAUAAAAUGACUUUUUAGACUUGUUCCUGUGUAGUUGUAAAGGAAAUUAUAGCAAAAUAUUUCCAUUGUGAGUCAGAGUCUGCUUUUUAUCCGACCAUGUUAUUAAUCAAUGUCCUCACACUCACACUCACAGUCACUACACCGACGUCACUCAAGGAUAUCUUAAUCUUUACGCGCAAUCUCUAAGCGGCGAACCUCAAGCAGCGGCGCACCAUUAGCGCCAGGAUCCCCACGCGGGCCGGGGGGACCCAAGCUGCCAAGUUCGCCAACUUUUGAGUCCUCACAAGUGAAGCCGAUGCUCUUUCGACAACCUAGGCUGCAUAAUGCGGACGAUUAUUUUGCCCAUAUCGUGCAGAGACUGAGGAAUGUGCUGAGUAAGAGUUACGACUCUGGCUGGUGCUUCUACUUCUUUUUACUGCAUGUUGCUGUACAGAUGAGGAUCCAGUACCGAUAAUCGAACUAUCGAUAAGGAUAUUAAUCGAACCUGUACUUCUUGUGGGAUGAAAACAACUUCUUGUUCCUGUCUCGCGGUCGUCUUCCCUUCCCUCUCUCUAUCUUCUAACCUGCAGGCCUCAAAGGCUGGAUCAACUUUAUCUCCGGUUUGCAGGACAAAGACGAUCGGUCACAUGGCACUAUUCACAAGUCGCAAUGGACAAGGCUGCAUAGAUCUUUAGGCCUAGGCCUAACCGGAGAAGACGCCGAUCUGGUUUUCAAAACCCUCAGAAGCGACAAAGACGGUGGUAUGGAGUACCAAUGCCUUUUAGAUGACAUGAGAGGCAAAGGCAGUUCGACGUCUUCCAGCACAAGUGCGGGGCAUGCGCCUCUGAGUCCAAGGGAUUUGGCAAAUAGGCCAAAAUCAUCGAGUGGCAUGCGACCAUCUACUGCGUCUUCAACGAGAUCUACCACAGCAAACACUUUGAGCUCAUACGUAGAAGAGCAGAUAGUGGAGUUGGCAAAGAGGGAGUUUCGAUCAAUGGCGUCGCAGAUUGGAGAGGAAGUUACGGGCCACGAUAGAUUCGUUAUUUGAAGCUCUUUCUUGAGAAGUAAACUAGCUGCCAGGAGCUCCUUCUUGAGAAGUAAAUUUUUAGACAUUAUUAUAGUACCUGAAGAUGAUCUCUUCAUCGGAAAAUUAUACGCGAAAAGAACUGAUCUUCGAAGCGAUUAUCCCCGAGAACUACUCUCCUCCGAUUAUAAGUACCUGAGAACAGAAGAUCUCUUCUAAGAAGCGGAGAGACGGCGAAUGCCGGAUUGAAGUUAAUCAGCUCCUCCGCAACGGCUUUGAUGCAGCGAGCUACCCGUUGACGGUUUUACGCGGACUCUCACCGAGCGAGAGUAUGGAGGACUUUGGAUUCGCAGUAGCCUUUCUAGCAACUGACGACCAACACGAAGAACGCAGCUUUUUGACACUCCAAGGUUGGUGCAACUUGAUCGACCUCGGCUUAGCCUGCUUCCAUACUCGCGAUGAUAUGCGCCUGUUCGCUACCUCUUUGGGAGUAAAUGUGAAAGGGGUUGAAGGGUUUUGAAGACGAGGACGACGAAAAGGCCAUAUUUGUUCCAUUUGUAACCAGUGGAAGGGUAUCAUUUAGAUUCAAAAGACAAUUAUCAUCCGUAAAAAAGAGAGACUGCUGCAGGAGUCAAUAAUUCUUGUACAAUAAUUGUAUUCCCUCCAGCAGCAUUUCUCACCACAUCUAUACGUUGUACUAUAUCAAGUUAGUAACUUCAGCCUAAGAAUCAUCAAGAUUUUCGUCAAUACGAAUGCGACUCAUCGUUGUAUUAUCGAAACAAGGACUUUUUUCAAUCAAGAAUGACAAGAUGGAUGUAGUGCUAGUGCUACGUACUGAAUACGUAGUCUAUUAGAAUAAACGCGGAUGACUUGACAAAUUCGUGUAUGAUACGUAAGCGACGCUGCAAUUGCGAAAUCUACAUCUAGAUCAGCCAGCUAACAUCAAGUUCUUUUUUUAUGAGAUUGUUUGGGUAACAAGAACUAAGGACCACGAAUUGAUUCCAGCACAGCUGGAUGCCUACGGUCCUCACACGGUUGAUCGAGAAUCAGGCAUGAUGAUGAAAUAUGUCAAAACAAGAAGUUGCGACCAAAGCCACCACGAUAGCGCUUGUAGUAGUACAAACAUAACUACGCAUCAAAGAAACACCACUGCAUUCUCCACAAGCACAAAACAGAAACUUCAACUUUUCUUGCCAAAGUGCAGUAAUUGAAAAUCACGUUCACGUACGCAAAUAAUGGCAUCGACACAGUCGUUAACCAGGAGAAGGUACCAUUUGGAUCUCCUCCUGUACUUGAG